CAGCAGUGGCAAAGUCGUGUGUUGGAGUUUGCGGGGCAGUGGUAUCUUUUCACACUACGAGAAACAAGUUGAAAUUGUGCUGAAUGAAUAGAUGGAGGUACAUGCUGCAUGCUGGACACAAUCACGGCCCCGCUGCGAACAUCGCGAGGCAGACAAAGGGUGGCCGUCCUACGCACCUCAUUGCACCCAGGUAUCAUUUGCAGCAGCGCUGCCUCAUACGAUGGCCGGGGAGUAUGCUAUAGAUGUCGCGGCCUUACCUGACAUUAUUCAGCCUGCGAUGGACUUCCUCGACACCUCCUUCUUCCAGACGGGCGACUCGUCACAUGUGCCGCCACAGCUACCCUCCCCGGCGUCCAUCAUCAGCCGUUAUGGAUACAAGGGCUGCUGUGUCAUUUUGAUCAAGGAUGGGCCUCACUACAUGCGCAUGGCAAUGAAAUUUGGCGUAGAGCAGGAGAAAAUCAGGCUCGAGGAGGUCCAGACAAUGCGGGCUAUGAGGCAGCUUCUCCUUUCUCAAGGGCAGGACCAAAUCGCAAUUCCAGAAGUCUUUGGGUGGAGGCGGCAUGAAAUGUGGCACCGCCCUCAUAUUUUCAUCUCCAUGAGCCUGAUUGAAGGCGAGACCCUUCGGAAUAUAUGGUCGUCCCUCACUAGUAAGGACAAGACGGCCAUACAACUCAAUCUACGGAACUUCGUCUCAACGCUCCGACGUAUCGCUCAAGAGAACCCUUAGCAGAUCGCAUCAAUUAGUGGAGGUGCAGUCCAGGACAGCUUCUUCCAGCCAGAGCACGCGCGAGGGCCAUUCUCGACCACCAAAGCAUUCAA